AGUCAUGCUCAAGUACUUGCUUGAAUAAUGAUAGGAUUUCACAAUAUCUUUGGGAUAAUCUAGAAUCUAGUGUAGGUGUAUUAACUAUGAUAUGUUAAUAAAAAUGUAAAUGCAAACUGAAAUUAUUACUAAUUGUUUCUGGCUGUUAUGGUACAUAGAAGAGAUAGAGGUCUAUUAUGCUAUGACUUCUCUCUUUCUUUCCAUCCUUCCUUUCUUGUGAAAUAGGCCAUCAUUGUUUGUUUUCGCUUUUGUUGACCCCAUGUUCAUGUUUAUGCAUGUUUAAUGUCCCCCCCGAAGUGCCUCCUUUUACCUUUCUUCCUAUAAGUGUAGUUUGUCUUGUUUAGUGGUACAAUUGUUUGGUGACUUUUUACAGGAUUUCAUGUCCUCUGUCCAGCAUAUCUCUAUUUCAUAUUUCUUUCUUUUUGUUCUUGCUGUCACUUGAUUCUCACUUCUUGAUUUCUUUUCAUCCAACUUUAAUAAUCUCCAUAAUUCUCUUCUUCAUGUUCACUUUGGUCUUUUUAGCUUACCCUGCAUGUCUCUCUUUGAAUUCUCUUAGGCCUAUGCCUUCUUCCUUCCUCCUUGCACUUCAAAUUUCCCUUUGUUUUGAUUAUAUAAUCGUCUCUAGGCUACUUAUGUAACCCUAGUUCCCCAGAGGGAACGAGACGCUGCGUCCCAAAGCGUUGCGUUGCUGGGGCUCUUUGUCCUCAAGAUUGCUGACAUCGACGUGGCGUCUUCUUGCUACCCCUGUAAAACAUCUUAGGAUAAUUUUCUAGAUUUUUAAUGUCUUCAAUUGAACUGUCUGGGUCAACUAAGAUGGGAUAAAUUGCUUUCGUCCGCUCGUGUACAGUCCUGAAUUCAGAAAAUUACAAUUGAAUUGACCAGAAAUGACUCACACUCCAUUGGAUAAAGUUAAUCGCUUCCAUUUCAAGGGGGACUCGAUUUGAAACACACUGAAGACACUGAUUACGGACAAAAAAUAAUGGAAGAACAUAAAAACACUCCACUUGAAAGAUGGACGGAGGACAUGGUGAGCUCGUGGUUGGCUUCAAUAGGAAUAAAGAACAAAUACAUAAAAACUCUACAUGAACAAGAAGUAGAUGGCCAAGUCCUCCUUAAAAUCACAGAGGAAUUUCUGAAAAAAGAGACUGGGAUGAAAUCUGGUCAUGCAUUUUUGAUAAUAGAGAGUAGAAAUGAGUUAGUUGAGAAAGUUCAGAAGCAGCAGAAUUCCCAAACAGAAGAACAGAUAAAAUUAGAGGCAGUGCCUAAAAAAAUAAAGAGAGAAUCAAAGCCACGACCUUUUGGAAAACCAGGCAUUGACUACACAUAUACAAAACAUGAUGUUCUUCAGCCUGAAACAGGUGUCAUUGACCUUAUAGCACCAUGUCAUGAGUACAAGUCAUUCAAUACAGCUGCAACUUUAGAUUCACAAAGACUUAAAGCCAAGCUGGCAAAUGAAGUCUUUAAGUUUGCCACCGGAUGCAUGAACAUGAGAUCAAAUGGCACAAUACACUUGGGUGUAAUGGACAGCAAAGGUGAUUCUGUCUAUGUACAUGGUGAAAUCAUUGGCAUUCCCAUUAGAGAAAAAGACGUAUAUACUGAUGCACUGGAUUACAUUGAAAAAUGUUUUAAAAGUAGCAGUGAGGUCAUACGGCAGUGUAUAAAACCACCCGAGUUCAUUCUGGUAAUUGAUCCAAACAGCAAAGAACAACACCACGUGGUUGAAUUUGAUAUUGAGCCUUCAGAAAGCUUAGUGAGAGGUAAGGUGUUCUCUGUUUGCUUGCCAAAAUUCAAGGAGGAGUCCAACAAAUGUAUAUUGGAAAAUGAAACAACAUAUCAGAGAGUUGGGGCCAAAACAGAACCAGUUAAGAGUCUGCAGGUGUUUUACCAAGGAGUUCAAAGCAGGGAUGCACAAAGAGAAGCAGCAGAGAAAUCACAAGUCACAAGUCAAGAAUGCUGCCAAGAUCUGGAAAGAAAACUCCUCAUGCUUCUAACAAGUGGGAAGAAACAAAUAGAAGAAGAGAAAUUGUACAUACUUGUAACAAACAGGUUUUCAAAAGAAGAUCUUCAGCACACAGAUAUUUUGUUGAAGAUGAAAUUAUUCUGUGUGUUUGACUUUGACCCAGAUUCCAUGGUGUCUGGAUUAUGCAAUGAAUAUAAUAAAAUCCAUAAAGUGAACCUUCACUUCAUGCAAAACUACAGAAUUUCAAGUGGCAAGAGCAUCAGAGAAUUAGUGAGCCAUCUGCAUUUGUUUAACCAAACAAGUUGGAUAUUUUGUAAUGGACGGAAUGAUUUUGCAGGAAAUGAGGCUCCUUGUGAUGAAAAUACAUGGUGUAAAACAAAGAGAACUUUCUUAAAGGAUUGUGUAUCAUUGAUCUGCAAAGAUAUCUUGCCCCAAGGAACUUUCACUGUGAUCUUCCUUCUUACCUCUCCUGUUGAGACACCUUUACUGAAGACAUUCGAUGAGUUUUCACUGACAUGCAAGGCCAUGAAGAAAUUAUAUGCAUUUCAGAAUCAGAAAGGAACUUUCUGAAAUGGAAAGCAUCUGUACUAGAAAUAUGUGACGAAGAAACACUGAACAAUUCAAGUGUUGUAGGUUUGAAAAUAAGCCACAUCAAUGCAAAUCUACAGCAAAUCCUGAGCCAGAGUUCUAAUU